AUGGAUCUUCCGAUCCAGUGCACUCGGUGGUACCUUCCACUCCUCCUCCUCCCGCUGCCCACCGCGCCCGCCUACUUUCUAGUCCUCUUUCUCUUCACGCUCACGCUACACGCCCAGCCAUGCUUCUACUGCAUCUGCCUCCUCACGGCUCUCUUCCUAUCCUCCUGCUCGCGGCACCCCGUCCCGCUCUCCGCGCCCAUGUCUUCCUCCCCGACUCUUGGAGAAGCACCCGCGACUACCUUUGCUGACGCGCUGCGUGCCCUGAUGCCCGACCUCGAUGCACGCCUAGCGGCCGCAGACGUGCCGCUCCCUGCCUCGCUCGAGCUGUGCGACCGGUGCUUCGUCGACUUUGCGGGGUCCGAGAGCGUAUUCGAGCCGUUCAACGUCACCCGGUGGGAGUGGCGGAGCGUGGAGCAGCUCAAGGCGGACCUGGAACGGCGGGAGAGGGAGUACUGGGAGCGGGUGCGCUCUGAGGCGGGUGAGGAUGGGUCCCCGACGGAACUGGACCGUGCCGCUCCCGACGACGGGACUGGAGCGACGGCGGCGCGGACACGUUCUGGAACAUGGCGGGGCGCGUUCAGCUGGCUCAAGGGCAGCUCUAUCGGGCAGCCCGUACCCGGAGGCGAGCCGUCACCGGCUCCGAGGGAGGCAGCGGCGCCUUCCGACGCAACGCGCGAGCCGGCGCAGAAGCUGCCGUGGCUGAGGAAGGAAUACGACCUCCGUCCAUUUGGAUUCGACAUUAUACUCGACUUUGGGUGGUCAAGGACUUUGGAUACGUGACGAGGGAUCUUUCUCCCAUCGCGCACCUUGUACAGUACGAUCACUGCAAGUAUCUUUGAUGCAUAUAUGCACGAUUACGUGCCUCGUAC